AUGCUUCACGCCGUGCGCCGUGCGAGAGGCAGCCUGGCGUCUCGCGCCGCACCACGCCGCCAGCAGCCGGUGGCCGCCGGCGCCGCUCGUGCCGCCCCAUACGCCAGCUCUGCGAGCGACGACGAGGCGAGCGCUCUGGCCUUCAUCGUCGAGCGGGGCUACGAGCCUCGGCUGGCGUCGGCGGUGAUCGCGACGCUGAAAGAUCCUUCUGGGUGGGGCGCGCGGGACGGCGAGCUCCUCAAGACCGCCGAGCAGCUCGCCGGCGCGUGGGAGAUUGGCGCGCGCAUCCUGCGCGAGUACCUGGAGUGCGCCUGCUCGGGCGUGAUGGCCUGCUCCACCUGCCACGUCUACGUGAGGGAGGACUGGUUCGACCCGGCCAACGCAGGCGGAUGGGCAGCCACACGCCGCGAGCGCCGCCUCGCAGGCGACAGCGGCGGCAAGCUCGGCCCCGCGUCGGAAGAGGAGCAAGACAUGUUAGACCUGGCCUUCGAGCCGAACGAGCGGUCGCGGCGGGGCCUGCCGGGCUUGUGGUCCUGCUGGGGCGUGGCCGUCACCCGCAGAGGCGCGGACUGUAGGUCUCGGCUCGGCUGCCAGAUUGUGCUCUCCCGUGAGAAGGACGGCCUCGAGGUGUCGCUGCCGCCCGGCGCGCACAACCUGUUCGACGAGUUUGGGGGGGACAGGGACCUGUGA